AUGCAACCUCUUAAAACUUUAGAAAAUGAAGUUCAGAAAUUAAAUCAAUCAAAAGAUUGUAUGAUUGAACAAAAUGAUGAUGACAAACUAUUAUCCUUUCGUCCAUUUUGUCCUACAACAGCAGAUAUUUCAGAUAAGGAUGGAUGGUUGAAACGGAAAAUUAGAUCUGCAGGUUCAACUCUAUCAAAACUUCGAGGUAGUAGCAAUAAGUCGGAAUGUUCGAAGAAAAAUUCAGAGGUAGAAUCCCCAUCUCUAAUAAAUACAUCAGAUAUGGCUUUUGAACAAGGCUCUAAAUCUGCAGAGAGUAAAGAAGCUAUUAAAAUUAUCUCUUAUUCUUCAGUUAGAUCAGAUUCCAGUAUCCCAUCUUUGCGCACCUCUGUGAACGAUGACAGUGUAACAGAGUCUAAGGGAUUGAGCACACAUGUUCUGACAACCAGGAAAGUGACAUCUAAAAACCUGAAAGGUAUAGUGAAUAUAGAAUCACCGCCAAAAAAGAAUACCGAAACUCCUGAAUUACAAUCAGUCACUUCAAAAUCUUCAGAUGAAUUCUUGAAUAAACUUUCAGUGAUUGAAAGGCUUCUAGCUAAGGAUAAAGACUAUAAAAGCUACGUAGAGACAUGCUCUAGUGUAGCACACAAACUUUCCAAUUCAGUAGAGUUUAGCUAUGAAGGUGUUGCCCAAGAAUGUCAGUUUAACCCCGAUACAUUCAAUAUCCAUGAACCAAGCUGUCUAGAAAAGAUAAGGAUAUCAAAUAGUAAGGAGAACACAACUCGAGUACCGAUCAUACAUGAUAAAUCAUUUAGAUCAAAAAAGGAGGAAAAGGAGAAGAAGGUUGAGUUUGCUCCAUCAAAAGAGAAUGAUUUACAGGAAUAUGAUUCUAAUAUGCCCCCAUCUGCAACAGAGAGAGGAAAAAUAAACAAUGUCUCUGGAAGAAAAAAUGGGAUAUUGAUUAAUGCCAAAAACAGAGGUACUGCCGAGCAAGCUAUAGAUAAAUCUUGGGAGGAAAUUUCAAAGCUUGGUCCUAUACCGUUUACAGACUGUGAUAUUAAAGAAAAAGUAGUGGCUCUAUUUGAGUUAAUGGGCGCUCCAGAAGAAUUCAAGCAGUGUAACGAUUUACGUUUAUCCCUAGCGUGUUUGCAUCCAUGCUUAUCCAAACUCCUUAACUUCUUCUGGAGUAUUAUCAAUAAUGGAUUAGAAGAAAAUAAGUGGAUAAAGGAGACGGCCAAACAGUUAGAAAAGCAGAACUUGAUUGAUGCAGGAAUUUAUGAAAUGAAAAACAGAGAGUUUCAUAAUUUGGCUUCGAUUCAUGUCAGUAACCUAAACGAACUAGAGCGCACAGUAGAAAAUUUAAAAAUCGAAAUAGCCCAACAACAAUCUCACAACGACAAGACUUUUGAGGAGGUAAAUAAUGCGAUGGUUGGCAUGACAGGUGUUUUAAAAAACUUUUUUAGUCAAGAUUUCUAUCAAGAAUGGAAGGAUGACACAAAGUAUCGAAUUGAUUCUUUGAUGGUGUACUUAAAUGCUAUCUGUGAUUAUUUUUGUACUAUUCAACAAAAUAUGGCCCUGGAUUUAGAAAGUUGUGCGGAGAAGGAUGCUCUUAGAGAUCAAUUGGAUUUUUAUGCCGACAAUUGCAGGAUACUUGAAAGAGAAAAUGAGUCGUUAAGAGCUGUUGCUCAUGCUUACCACUGCCUGCAGGACGUUAUAACAAAAAAAAACGUUAUAAUUAACUCUUUAAAAUCAGAUAACUAUCUGUUAAACAAAGAGGUUGAAAAGAAAACUAGAGAAUUGGAGUUGUCAUUAGUAAAGCAUGAAAAUGAGAUUGCUAAAUUGGCUUCUAUCUCACUCAAUGAAAGACGUAGAGUAUUGGAUAUCUGGGAAAAAUCAGAUUACGAACAAGCUUUAAUGGCGAAUGAAGAAGAAAUAUUAGAAUUGAAAAACCGUAUUGAUAUAUUAGACUCAAUAAUUCAUAAUAAGGAUGCCAAGCGAAAAAAUUCUACUAAUAGACUCAACUUCCUUGAGACAAAAGUAGCUACAUUGAGCAAAGAAAACACUAUUUUAGCUGCCAAGUACGAAAAAACCAUUGAGCAGAAGAGGGACGCUCUGAGAGCUUUCGAUUUGGAGUUUAAGAAACGUUUGGAAGCUAUGCGAAGCGAGUUGGAGAAGAAGACGGACAUCUACAACGAUGAGAUAAAAAAGUAUAAAAGACAGUAUGAAAAUACGUUGAAUAACGCGUUAAAAGUUACAUUGAAAGCAGAAUCUAUAUUUCAAGCCUUGUCUAAUAAUAAGAAUAUAUCCUCCAACAAGGCCCUUAGGUAUUUUACAAAGAAAAGAGCAAUGUUUAAAAGUGUCAAAGAGACAAUAUUGUCGAACACAUCUAUCGAUUCUCAUUGUGAUUCUGAAGAAUCCAAAUACAAAUCUGCAUCAAAUCACAGACCAAUUGGAUAUCCCGCUCUAGACAGUAAUAAAAAUAUAGAAAAUGAGGAUGUUGAAUACUUCUCACUUCGUAGGAAAGAUUUCAACGACUCCUUGAUUGAACUUAGGGAAGUUAAUGUCAAUAAUCGACUUUACAAAGGCAAAAGUAAUGCUAAACAGAUAAUCAAGAAACUUCGUGAGUGGAAGAAGUGUCAGGAACAAUCUAAAAACUCACCAAACUCGAUGGAAUUUUCGUUGGAGCUACCACAUACUACUGAAAGGCCGACAGAUUCCACUUAUGCAACCUGCUCAGCAACGUAG